GUUGCUACGACACCAUGUUGUUGUUCACAUCAACACGACGAUGCAAGUUAGCUAGCUAACGAGCUGGGAUCAUAUUAGUCAGUAUUAAAUGGCUAGACUUAUUCCUUAAAUUCAACACAGUUAUAAGUAACAUCAGCGGGCUUAAGAUUUCUGCACGUUUAUGUGCUUAACGUUUUUGAGAUGCCUCCCAAGAAGAAAGCCGGUAAGAAGGGUGCGAAAGGUAAGACACCCACUGUUGUUGAUGGCCUGUCUACAGAGGAAAUGUCGAAGGAACAGCUGGAAGAGCACAUUGUCCGCCUUCGAGAGGAGUUGGAUAGAGAGAGGGAAGAGCGCAAUUAUUUUCAGCUGGAAAGAGACAAGAUCCAUACCUUUUGGGAGAUCACUAAGAGAGAUUUAGACGACAAAAAAGCUGAGCUGAGGAACAGAGACAGGGAAAUGGAGGAGGCAGAAGAGCGGCACCAGGCUGAAAUUAAGGUCUACAAACAGAAAGUAAAACACCUGCUCUAUGAACACCAAAACAGUGUCUCAGAGCUCAAGGCAGAGGGAGUCGUGGUAACCAAAGUAAUGCAGGAGGAAUAUUCAGGCCUGGAGAGUGAUCUGCAAAAAGAAAUGAAAUCCCUGAAGAUGAGCUUAAGGGAUCAAGAGCUGUCCAAACAAAGCCUCAUAAAGACCAUAAAGCUGAAACAUGAAGAGGAAAUCACCAAUAUAAGGAAUGACUGUGAAAGGCUGGUUAGAGAAAUUGAGUCCAAGUAUGAGAAAAAAAUGCAUAUUCUGCGUCAGGAACAAGACCAAAGGCGUAAAACUGAAAACCACGCUCUUGAAGAGAACAAAAACGCUCAGAUCAGUACUCUGAUGAAGAAUCAUGAGAAAGCCUUCAGUGACAUGAAGAACUACUAUAAUGACAUUACAAUUAAUAAUUUGGCCCUUAUCAACUCACUGAAGGAACAAGUGGAAGAGAUGAAGAGGAAGGAAGAGCGCCUGGAGAAGGAGAUGGCUGAGGUGCAACUACAGAGAAAGCGUUUGACAGAACCCUUGCAAAAGGCAAAAGAGGAUGUGGCUGAACUCCAGAAAAGGCUGGCCAACUAUGAGAAGGACAAGGCCUCUUUAGCGGGUGCCAAGGCUCGUCUGAAGGUUGGAGACAAAAAUAUGAGGGACCUCAAGUGGGAACAUGAAGUACUUCUGCAGAGUUUUAAUAAGGUCCAAGCAGAGCGAGAUGAACUUUAUCAGAAAUUCACCAAGGCUAUCCAGGAGGUUCAGCAGAAGAGUGGCUUUAAGAACUUGCUGCUAGAGAAAAAACUGGGCGCCCUCAUUGAGACCCUGGUCAAAAAGGAAGCCCAGCUCAACGAAGUACUGUCUGCCUCUAAUCUGGAUCCCACUGCAGUCAGUGUGGCAACCCGCAAGCUGGAGGAGACAUUGGACACGAAGAACAGUACCAUUAAAGACUUGCAGUAUGAGCUUGCUCGGGCCUGUAAGGCUCAUAACGACUUGUUGCGGACAUUUGAAGCGAAGCUUCUCAAUUUUGGGAUUCCUGUGGCCCAGCUAGGCUUCAGGCCUUUGGAGUGCAGCUUAACCUGGUUGACACUUGGUGAGGGUCCUUCAGGACUGGUGUCAGCAAACGUGCAACGAAAGGAUGUAGCACCAAGAGCGACACUUCCACCCCUGAAUUGACUCUUUUUUAACUUUACCCCAACAUACAGAGAUACAUUUGAAGCUUAGUUGCUUGCUGCUUUACAUUUGUGCAAUCAUCAGCAGCAAUCAAGAUCGAAAUCUCCUUCUGGACCUCCUCAAAUCCUUCAAUCAUCAUGCAAUCAUCAAUUCUGAAAGUUGUUUUGCAUUAAAAACAGCAAAUGCUAAA